CGUCUCUUGUUGUUCAGACUUCACACUCGAGUGGUCAUUUUUACCAGUGCUCCGCUCAUAUCUCCUCUAAAAAUCUGUUUUUAUCACCGAAUAAUCAGACAAGUCUUGACCAGCCGCCGGCAUCAUCGUGGAGAAGAAAACAACAGAUAAAUCUCGUCAGUUUGGAGUUUUGUGUGCCGUCCAUCAUGAACCCUGAAUAUGACUACCUGUUUAAACUUCUGCUGAUUGGAGACUCGGGUGUUGGAAAGUCCUGCCUUCUGCUGCGUUUCGCAGACGACACGUACACAGAGAGCUACAUCAGCACCAUCGGAGUGGACUUCAAAAUCAGGACGAUAGAACUAGACGGAAAGACCAUCAAACUACAGAUCUGGGACACAGCCGGCCAGGAGCGAUUCCGCACCAUCACGUCCAGCUACUACAGAGGAGCCCACGGGAUCAUCGUUGUUUAUGAUGUCACAGAUCAGGAGUCCUUUAAUAACGUCAAACAGUGGCUACAGGAGAUCGAUCGCUACGCUAGUGAAAAUGUCAACAAACUCCUGGUUGGGAACAAGUGUGAUCUGACCACGAAGAAAGUUGUGGAUUACACAAUGGCAAAGGAGUUCGCAGACCCUUUAGGCAUCCCGUUCCUGGAGACGAGUGCGAAAAGCUCCUCUAAUGUAGAACAGGCCUUCAUGACCAUGGCGGCUGAGAUCAAGAAGAGAAUGGGCCCCGGGGCCACUGCAGGAGGACAGGAGAAAUCCAACGUCAAGAUUCAGAGCACGCCGGUCAAGACGUCCUCCGGAGGGUGCUGCUGAAUCCCCAAUGCCCUAAACAAACAAAUAACACCAUUAGACCACAGUAACCUUACCUACAAUACGCCACAGCUGAAUUAGGAGGGGAGAGAAUGUUAGUGUGUGUGUGUGUGUGUGUUUGUAACUAAAGACUGAGAAUGUAAUGAAUGGUAUUGAGAGGUAAGAAAGGGUCAAAUUAAAUAUUGCUUGAUUUUGUAUCAUGCAUGCACAUAGCUGCAUGAACAAACAAACAUGUUUCCAACAGUUUGAUACUAAAUUUAGUAACAGGUCCACAAUAUACAGGUUUAAACAUCUCAAGUCCAAUUAAACAAACAUCCAAAAGCACUUCUGACGUUUUUAGAGGACUGCAACUAGAUUUUGCUUUGAACUUCCUCAUCGGAACUCUGAACGAAACAGUGGACUGUGAUGUCAUAAUUGACCCCUGACACAUCGGUUCCAUUACUAUGACUCCCGGUGAAAUCUCAUUCAACCGCUGCCGUCUGGGUGGACCGUUUGCCUGUUUGCGCAUUUAGUUUUUUCUUCAUUCUGUCCGUUUUUUCUUUUAUUUCUGCUCAACAGCAUUUCAAUAUAUUGGUCCACUGAAUAGGGUCACAACACUUCAAAUGAUCUUUAUUAGUUGUCAGUAAAAUGCAUUACCACUUUUCUGACGUGUACUAGUUGAACGGCAUGAUUUUGUUUGCUUAUUGAUUUUUUUGUAACAAUUUGAAAAAUGAACCAAAACUUGACCAGCAGGCCACAUAUAGUAAAUCUAACUGUUCUUAAUAUUACAAAUUUGUUAACUAUAUAACUGGUUUUGAUGCUUUACCACCCACAACAUUAAGUAAAUCCUGUAAACUGGAUUCAGAAGCAACAUUGCUGUCAAAAUGAAUCUGUAUCAACAUUUGUUUACAGACACUCGGACAGCAAUGCAGGAACUAUAUCACAUGUAAGUAUUAUAAAUAUAUCUGUAUAAAUGUAAUCACUUAAGUGCGGAUCCUAUUGAGCAACAAAUGACAGAUGGGAUGUGAUAUCACAAUGUGUAGUUAAUGAAACAUCAUUUUGAUUUCUCUAUUCAAGGAGGGAAUUGUACUUUUUGGUUUUAUGUCACACAAUGUUUAAAUAAAGUAUGAAGAAAACAUUUAAUAAAAA